ACUAAAAUGAACAUUUGAUACAUUUUAAACCACUCAAAUAGCGAAUACUAGUACAUGAUUAAUAGGAAGUUCAUUAUGGCAGAACUAACCAGUGAAACUUCUGGAGAAAAGCCACGUAUUCAGCCUAGACGGAAGCAGUAUAAGGGAAUAUGGAUGUUUGACAAUGAAAUAGAAGAAAUUGAGACAAUGGAGACAAGAGAUGACGAUAUUUGGGUCUGCACAUUCCCGAGAUCAGGUACAACUCUGAUACAGGAGAUUACGUUUCUUGUGCAGACAAUGUAUUUUGAUAAUUUAAAAGCCAGAUCUGUUCAGUUAGAUGACAGGUUCCCUAUUAUAGAUGUCAAGGAUGACAGAUUUCCUUAUUACCGAGGCAAGCUUCGUUCUUAGUGUUAAAAUGAUAUUCUACGGUUAAGCUAUAAGAGUAAAGUAUGAAGUAACUGUGUGUAAAUAAUUUGCUUAUUCCGCUAGUAUUCUGUAUUCAGACUGCGAUAUCCUGUUGCAUGUUGCUGAUAUUUCAUGUUAUUAUGACAUUGAUCUAUGGCCUUUAUUUUUGUUCUAUUAGGUAUAAAGUUUAUACAAGCAAUGCCUUCACCACGAAUGAUAAAAUGCCAUCUGCAUCACUUCCUACUACCUAAACAACUACAGGAAGGGAAAGGAUAAUAGUAAGCUAAACUGCUACUGUAGCAGUGGCAGUAAUAAAAGUAACACUUAUAUAUAUUGUACUCUGAGAACAUCUAUAUGAACAGCACUGAAUAAUCAAAAAGAAUAUCAAUAAAUAUUCCAUAAUUUCAGCCCCAGAGCUACAAUAUGGCAUAGGAAAAACGUCUUCGGCGGGAGAGGAGUUUGGUGGGGAGUUGUUGAGUGUGGGGAGGAGUGGGAUACUUACUUAUCAAAGCAGACACUGUUAUAGAUACAUCUAUUUAUGUGAAGUUUAAUGCACAUUCAUAUUGUUUCUUUUCAAAUCUUUACAGUCAUACAUUUCUUCUGUGUCUAUUUCAUUUUAGAUUCAAUACAUAAUAUUGCAGUGCCCCCAUUGUUUAUAUGUUUAUUUCUAUUUUUAGAUUAUUUACGUGUCCCGGAAUCCAAAAGAUAUUGUAACUUCUUUUUACCGUCUCAUGCAGUGGGGUGAUGGACUAAAUGAAACUGAUGGCACCUGGGAUCUGUUUGCUGAUGCCUUUGUCAAGGGCACGGGACACAAUGGAUCUUGGUCCCGUCAUGUUCUUGAGUUGUGGAAAAGACGAAAUGAUCAUAAUGUGCUAUUCUUGAAAUAUGAAGACAUUAUCAAGGAUAUGCCGAAUACCGUCAGAAAAAUUGCUGAAUUUUUAGACAAGCAAAUUACCGAUGAUGAUGUGGCUAGGAUAUGUGACCACUGCCACGUUGACAACAUGCGUAAAAAUGACAAAGUUAAUAUGUCAUACUGGAGGGAUAUCAAAAAGGUUUUCGAUGAUACAGACGGUGGAUUUAUCAACAAAGGUACACCUCCCCUUUUUUUAAAUCCAGAAACAAAUGGCAGACAAUGCUUGUUGUCCUAACCGUUUGAUAUAAGAGAGGAUGAGAUAUCUUAAUCCCUAUUCUCUGUUAAAGUUGUUUUAAGAAUUACUCGAUUUGCUUGUUUUCUACAUAAAUAUAUAUACAGUUUUUGAAUAGCUUGCAAUGUUUGACUUUACAGCUUUUUUAUGCACUUGAAUAUCCAAGUCUGAUUAAUAUUGCAGUGUUCGGAAAUUUGGAACCCCAGAUGUUUCAUAUGAUACAUACACUUAUAAUAAUUUUGAAAGUGUGCGCAUUCGCAAAAUAAAAGUAUGGUAUUUCAAAUUCUCGGUUAUUGGCAUUACAUUUACAGGUGGAAAAUGUGACUUGGAGCAUGUCGUGGAUUUUUGUUUUGAAUAUUUUUUAAGUGAACCUUUUCUGUUUUUUUAUUUUUUGGUUCAUUUGAGUAAUUAAACAUAGAGGACGCUUAUGGCAAGCCAAUUGUCCAAUAAUUACGUGAACCCCGGUUCACGGUCGAAAAACUAGGAUUAACGAUCGAUAAACUAGGUUUUUCGAACGUAAAACUAGGUUUUUCAAAUACCAACCUAUAUUUUCGAGUGAAAACAUCAGAUACCGGGCGUAAACCAUAGUUUACGCUCGUGAACCCAGGUUUACGUUCGAUAAACUAGGUUUCUCGAUUGAACUAUGAAUUUCGGUCGUUAUCCUAUGUUUACGACCGUAAACUUGGGUUUACGAACGUGAACCUACGUUUACGAGCGUGAACUAUGGUUUACGACGUUAUCCUAUGUUUUCGCUCGAAAAAAUAGGUUAGUAUUUGAAAAACCUGGUUUUACGUUUGAAAAACCUGGUUUUAUCGAACGUAAACCUAAGUUCACGCUCGUAAACCCAAGUUCACGUUCGUAAACAUAGGUUCACGCUCGAAAAUAUAGGUUCAGGUCCGUAAACUAUGGUUCACAGUCGUAAACAUAGGUUCAUGUCCGUAAACAUAGGUUCAUGGCCGUAAACCCAUGUUCACGCCCGAAAUUCAUUGUUGAUUCUAUAAUCCUAAUAUAUCGACCGUAAACCAUGGUUUACGUUUGAUAAACUAGUUUUCUCGAUUGAACUAUGAGUUUCGGUCGUUAUCCUAUGUUUACGAUCGUUAUCCUAUGUUUACGCUCGUAAA